UAUGGAUACGAUGUGCAAGGAGUCUCUGGGGGAUGGAUCACUUUUGUAAGGGGUGACCGAACAGGGACCGUCUCGUGGUUGCGGGCAUGUCUUGCUGUGGGGACCGCGUUCACGGAUACGGAUCCGUCCCUCAGAUGGCAGUUGCGCCUGCGAUGCACAGAAGUGCGUCCAGACCACGAGACUUCAAGCACACUCGCCAUCGUCGGACACAUUCUCUCGUCCGACCCAAAGACGUUUUUAGGUUGCCCUGAAGCCGGCCCGACCCUUCCACCUACCGCCAAAUCCCCCGACCAGAAGCGUCCGCCCGUCUCCGCGCGCCCUGCUCGCCCAGCAUGCAGCGCCUGAGCGCCCUCGCGCGCCACGUCGUGGCCCCGGGUGCGCAACCGGAGCCGCAGCAGCAGCUGCGGCCCGCGGGAGCCGCUGGAGCGCCCAGGAAGAAGGUGUGGUACGCACCUUACAAGUUCGAGGCGUACGGCGAAGAGGAGAUCCAGGAGGUCGUCGCCUGCCUGCGCGACGGGUGGCUCGCGCCAGGGCCUCGCACGGAGGAGUUCGAGGGCAAAGUGGCCGAGAUUUUUGGGAAGAAGCACGGGGUCAUGGUCAAUUCUGGGAGCUCUGGCAACAUGAUCGCGCUGGCGACCCUCGGCCUAGAGAAAGGAGACGAGGUGGUUACACCCGCCUGCACGUUCUCCACGGCCGUGGCACCGAUCACGCAGCUUGGAUUGACUCCAGUCUUCGUGGACGUGACGCCCAACAAGUACGUGCCCGAGGUGGACGACAUCUUGGCGGCGAUCACGCCCAGAACCAGGGUGCUGCUGAUACCCAAUCUGGCCGGGAGCAAGUGCGAUUGGAAGGAUCUCCGCGCUAGGCUCCCGAAGCGCGAUCCACCCAUUUACCUCUUCGAGGACUCUUGCGAUAGUAUCACGUACACUGCGGAGACCGAUAUAGCGGUGAUCUCCUUUUACGCGUCGCACAUCAUCACCGCUGGAGGCAUGGGCGGGGUCGUCAUGUUCAACGACCCCGUGUUGCAGGAGAAGGCCCUCAUGUUCCGCGACUGGGGCCGGAUCGGGAACAAUUCGGAAGAUAUGUCUGAGAGGUUCGGCCACAACGUCGAUGGCAUAGAGUACGAUUUCAAGUUCCUCUAUGGUGUCUUGGGCUACAACAUGAAGGCUUGCGAGAUGAACGCCGCUUUCGGGCUCGCGCAGCUGAAGAAGCUCAAGAGGUUCACCGAGCUCCGGGCCCGCAAUAUCAACAGGUAUUGCGAGAACCUCAAGCGGGCGGGCACGCGGUUCGUGCUGCCUGACCGGCACGAGGAGUAUGAUUGGCUUGCUUUUCCUCUGCUGUAUCACGAUAGGAAGGGCGUGCUUCAGUAUUUGGAGAGCAACGACGUGCAGAUUCGCGUGUUCUUCGCUGGAAACAUCACGCGCCAUCCAGCGUACCGCCAGUACUUGCAAACGUUUCCUGGGGCUGACAGGGUGAUGAAGGAGGGCUUCCUGAUCGGCGCGCACCAUGGCUUGGAGCUUGAGGACAUCGACCGCGUCUGUGAGCUCCUGAUUGAAUAUGACAAAAAGAACGGCGCGGUGGAAAUGGCUGCAACGCUUGACACCAACCUCAAGGAGAGAGACUCCGUCACGCUGGACCUGUGAGCAGAUCCAGGGGGCAAGACGCCACCAGCGUUAUGUUUGCACGACUUUCGUACAUAAAUCUAGAAUGAAGGGAGACGAGGCCCUGAUCGCCAGGCCUGUGUUCUGCCAGCUGCCUCGCCGAGGGCGCCACGUCUGUCCCGCCAGUUUUUGCCGAGGGCAGAUGCGCCCACAAGGUGACACGCCAAUGUCCAGCACGGCGGAUGGGAGUGUCACCCAGUGUGGAGGCAGAGUCAGGUUGUCGGAUUCUGACACUUUUUCAUUUUCCAUGGGCUUGGGCGCAUCGUACAGCAGCGCCUCUGUCGCUUAGUUUUCUCACCGCGAAUCGAGGGAGGAGGACGGCGGAGGGUGGGACAUCGGGAGAGAGACGCGCGACGAGUGGGGCGUAGCCAGGGCGGGAAAGAAUGCAGCGCGCGCGCGUGCGUUCCAUUCCGUAGGCCUUGGCGGCGAAGGGCCACGCGAUGUUAGGGUUGCCGACUUGGUUGUAUGACUUACCCCGGUCCCCAGUGCCAGUAUGUCACUUGCCCAUAGCGUUGCUGGGCAUGCUCUUCUGACUUCGGUCGUAGCCUCUCCCGUCUGUAUUAUAUAUUGCGCUGGGAUCUCCUCACACCGACGUCCACGCACACUGUGAAUCGCAGAUUAGGUUGCCCCCUGCUGCCUGGGCCAUCAGAGUACAAAGUCAUAGUUUUUUCUUGCGGUAGGUAUGGUGUUGGCUUGCCGCGGACACGGUGGCCCGUGCCACGGGCUCAGUUGCCUGCGCCUCGUCCAGAGCGCGCGGACGCUGGCACAUGCCAGACAGCCUGGAACUUAGGCCGCUCGUCGGGAAGGAGCCAAUCAACCGCUGUUGC